GGGAACUCCCCUUCUUUUGCAGCACUGCUAUUCUAUUUCUAUUAUCAGUGUACUCAUAUUAACAACAACAACUUACUACUCAACCUUCACCUGCAGGUUCCAGGGGUGACAAGCACCAUACUCACUUGCCCCAGCUUUACCUUCACAACAACCCUCUGAAAUAAGCUGCACGCUUAUCAUGGACUUACCUGUGGAAAAAUGGAAGCUUUACAUUAGCCAGAAACUGACUUCACUGCAGCCAUCAUUGAAGGAACAGCUUUGUCACUCCAUGUCGCUCAGGGACAGCUUUCUUCUUUCCUUGACUCUUUUGCAUCCUGAAGAUGAAGAGUAUUUGCUCAGGCUGUCCAGGUACUAUUGUGUGAAGAAAGAUCCUAAGAUGACUCUGUCCUGCAAGGAGGAAGGGAACAAAUGGUUUCGAAAAAAGGAGUACAGAACAGCAGCAGUACUCUAUUCCAGGGCACUGUCCCAUGCAGAAGCCGGCAGCCCAGAAAUGGCAGUGUGUUAUGCCAACCACUCGGCAGCUGUUUUCCACCUGGGUCAGUUUGAGGUUUGUUUGGAGGACAUUAAGAGGGCGGAGGGAGGGGGCUACCCAGAAGAACUGCUCCCCAAGCUUUUGCUGCGGAGGGCCAACUGCCUCCUUUCUCUAGGUCGAUUUCAGGGGGUGACAGAAGCCCUAGACAGCCUGGAGGAGAAAAUGUCUGCAGGCCAGAGUCUGGAAGCUGCCAGCCAUCAUGUGCUGCUUAGUAAAUUCAAGCAGCUGAAACUCAAAGCCUGCAAAGGGAAGAGUGGUUCAGUCUGUCAGCCUGCUGCAUCUGACAGGACCCAGAAGGAUUUGGAGCCCUGGGAGGAGAACAGUAGGAUUUCAUGUGCCUCUGCAUCAGUGAGCUUGAACUUCUCUGCGUGCAAAGGGCGCCAUUUAGUUGCAGCCAAGGAUAUUCUUCCUGGCGAAAUCUUAGUGAGGGAAGAGGCCUUUGUAAGCGUGCUGUGCCCUGGGGAAAGCCUCUUGCUUCAGGGCAGUGCAGAGGCCAUGUUGAAUGGGCAGCCAGCUAACGAAGAUCUUCACUGCCACCAUUGCUUGAAGCAGCUGCUGUCGCCUGUUCCCUGCCAGGGGUGCAGUUAUGCCAAGUACUGCAGCCAUGCCUGUGCCCAGCUGGCAUGGAGCACCUACCACAGCAGAGAGUGCUCCUUCGGGGGACUGCUUCUGGCAUUGGGAGUCUUCUGCCAUGUCGCCUUCAGAGCAGUUCUGGUGGCAGGCUUUGCAGAGGUCAGCGCUUUAAUAAAGCAGUCGCACACAGAGGAAGUGGCGACAGAGCCUGUUGCUGAAGCACCAGCUCCCAGUGCGGUUGCAGAAGAGAACUCGGCCUCCUCCAUCCCUGGCUGUGGUGCUGAUGGGCGCUAUAGCAGUUCCUACCAAGCCAUCUUCUGCCUUUUGCCACACACGGAAAAGCACAGCCUUGAGCUCAGGCUCCUCUGCAGCCUGUGCGUUGCUGCCUUGUGUAAGAGGCUUGGAGAAGCUGGCCUGGAGGCAUUCAUUUCAGGGAAGAGCACACCUGAAGACCAGGGUGGACCGAAAGCUGGCAAAGCGUGUCCUGAGUGGGAAGUCCCAGGGGAGGCCAUGCUGAGGCACAUGCUGCAGCUGCAGUGCAAUGCGCAGGCAGUGUGUGCACUCCACAUCUCAGGGUCUGAAAAUGGGCCAGUGACUAGCAGCAAACAGAUGCGUGUGGCCACAGCUCUCUACCCCGUGGUCAGCCUACUGAACCACUCCUGUGAGCCAAACACCAGCGUAACUUUCAGCAGCAGAACCGCAGAGGUCAGAGCUUUGCAGUCAAUCCCAAGAGGGCAGGACAUUCUCCACUGCUAUGGGCCUCACAGGUGCAGGAUGGGGGCUGCCGAAAGGCGUAAGCAGCUCCUUUCUCAGUAUUUCUUUGAAUGUUGGUGUCUGCCCUGCUUGGAGGAGCUGCAGCCCAACUCAGGAAAGAGAGCAUCCUCCCAAGACGGUCUCAGCCACAAGCCCAUGCAGCAGGGCGAAGAGGGUUUGCUCCAUUGCUCCAGUGGGGCCUGCAAAGUACGAGUUCAUGAGGAUCACUUCCAGCACCAGCUCUGUGACCUUCGACUGCAGACUGAGGCGGCCUUGGAGCUUCUGCAGUGUGGCCACCCAGAUCAGUCGAUGGAGCUGCUUCUGAAAUGCAGGUUGGAUGCCAAGAGAUUCCUCUCUCCAGCGCACUUGAUGGUGGGAGAGAUUGAGGAUAGCCUGGCGCAGGCCUACGUCACCCUAGGGAAGUGGCAGGAAGCAGCAGGGCAUCUACGCAGCAGCAUCCAGACUGUGGAAGCCCAUUAUGGCCCCUCCAGCAUAGAAGCAGGCCAGGAGCUCUUUAAACUGGCACAAGUCCUCUUCAAUGGGCGUGCUGUACCAGAAGCCCUGCACACCAUCCAUGAGGCUGAGAAUAUUUUGUCUAGGCACUUCGGCCCCCAGAGUACCCAGCUGCAAGAGCUGCAAGAGAUGAAAGCCUGCCUGGAGGAGUUCCUUGGAGGAGGCAGAGCCUCUGUUGCCAGUGCAAGACCCAAGAUGUCGUAAGUGAGAAACAUGCAGGCCGCCCGGUUAGGCUGCUGUUUGGUACCCUUGGCGGUGGAUGAAGACACCUGAAUGAUGGGAAGGACACGCCCUUUGUACCCUGGGCAGCCAGAGGCAGGGAGCAAAUCAUGUGAUAUUGGCAAACUUCAUUAAACUUCCCCAAAGGCUUGAAAAUCCA